UUUGUUUUGUUUUCUUUUGUUGAAUGAAUUGUUCCUUUUUUCUGGGUGGGGUGGGAUGGGUUGAUGUCACACCCAAACCCCUGUGUGUCCCCAGUCCCUCUUCAUGUUCCCCUUCUCGCCCUCCUCCUCCUCCACCCUCUCCUCCAUGGCCCCCACCCUGGACACCAUAUCCGAGUUGGACAUCCUGUCCGACAUCUCGGAGGACGAUCCGUUCUCCUGGACAGGCGGGGAGCAGCCGGACGGGGACGAGCCCUCUCGCCCCGCAGCCUUUUCGGACCGCGACCCCAGCCCUGCCACUGUCCCCACCGGCCCCAACGCCUCCGCCUCUCCUGCUCUUCUUCCUCCCACCCCUCCUUCUUCUCUCUCCUCCUCCUCCUCCUCCUCCUCCUCCUCCACCUCCUCCUCCCCGGGCUGCGAGUGCUGCGUCGAGUCCCCGGACGGCACCCCCUCCGACGGCGAGGCGCAGCAGCAUCAGCAGCAUCAGCAGCCCCAGCCUCCCCGCUCCAGCUUCUCCCUGCUGGCCGCCUGCAAUGGCCUGCGGCUGCCCUCGCUCCUGGACGAGGACGGUUACCUGUGUUUCCCCAGCCUCCCCGAGGAGUCGCUGGCGGCCGUGCUGCCCGCCGGCCUCCAGCGCCACCUGCCCCUCUCCUCGCCCUCCCUCGUGCCGUCCUUCCUGGUCAUCUUCGCCGUGCUGCUCUCCGCCUCGCAGUCCCUGGCCUUCGCCCUGCUCCUGGCGCUGCCCCUGGCGCUCGCCCUCUGCUACCUGGAGGCCCGGGCCUCGUCCCGCCUGCUGCCUCCCCAGGCGCAGUGCACCCAGCUGGGCUCGCCGGAGGAGUUAUGUGACCCUGCUGCUUAAAGAAAGCCGCUGCCCCACCUUCCGCCACCAACCACCCACUCCCAAUUCUCGUUUCCCUCCCCCUACAAAAAAAAGCCUUUGCACACUCCCACCAGUGCCACCUUGCAGUGUGUGUGUGUGUGUGUGUGUUACCUCCAGUCCUGCACCCACCCACCCACCCAACCUCCCUUCUGCUGUCUCGGUGUCUGCUGUCCCCCACCUUCUCCCUCUGCCCCACUCCUCUGCCCAUACUUUCUGUGUAUCUGUUAACUGUUAGCGAUGCCCUGUUGAGCUUGUUCUUGGGGAGGAAAAACUUCCGUAUUGGUGUUUGCAAUCCCAACAAAUCCAGUAGCGCUAUGGUAACGCCAGUGGGUAAUUUAGGCUCCGUCUUGCCAAUAGUUGCUUUUUUUUUUUCUCUCUCUCAAAUCUUUUAAACCUUUUGUUUCCCACUCAAGCCCUUCUAUUUGCUCACCUUUCAGGCCUAAUAGGAAUCCAAGUAUUUGUGUAGCAAGAUGCUGCUUUGAGAGAUUUAGCCUAUAAGUCUUGUGUGAAAAUCUCUUGUACUGUGCGGAUAAGCCACAAACAAGCGACUAUGCCAAUGCCUUUUAAAUGCGCUUAAUAUAAGACACAAAAUCCCUAAAUUUCAAAGACCUCGAUUUGUGCCACAAUGCCCAAGUGUGCCGUCUAUUUCUACCCCAAGGACUCCUUUGUAAUAUGAAGAUGAACUUCAGGUCUUUUUAUACUGUAACAUAGAAAUUUAAUCCAUUUUAAUAUAUCAGUGAUAAAAAGAGAACCCACCUUCAUGUACACAGAAAAAAAAAAAAAAAUCAAACCAGUAACCCCUGGACCGCUUGGUGUUCUGAGAAGAGCAUGCGCAUUUCCUCAUAACCCCCUCCCCCCACCCACCCUCAUGCCUCCGAUUGGCCAGCCUCAGAGCGGAGGAGGGACCUUCCCCUCAUGACAUCAUGACACCAUCUGAUAUGUUUGUUAGUGUGUGUGUGAG